AUGGUCAGCCUGGUGGAUAUCGUGAAUUUAGACGGAAGACGGAAGGUGAUCCUGUCAGCUGCAGCUGUGGAGUACAAAAAUCAACAUCUUGUUGGACCAAAACUCCUCAGCCGCCUCACAGGUGAAGCUUGGCGAUGUACGGAACAUUUGCCAAUCUCGGAAGAGCGACUGAAAAAGGGUUGGAUCAAGGUGUUGGAAUGUCUGGAUCAACACUAUAGAUACCUGCCUGAAGUAGAGUUGCAUGAGGCCAUCGAUGAGUUCAUGUUCAAGCUGUCACGCCGUCCGAAUGAAGGUGCAACUGCUUUCUCAUCUCGAUUCCGGACACAACUGUCGAGACUGGAAACACUGAUUGCACAAGAGCGUGACAUAGCAAAAGAGAAGAGAGAUGGCCGCAAACGAAAGCAUGAUUUCCCUGGUCCCGCAUCGCCUGUGCCAAGUUCUUUGGCCGAGUCUUCAGAAUCCGAGACUGGUGGUGCUGGUGAUGAGCCAGCAGAUGAAACAGAUGAUGCUGAACCAGCAACUCAGCCUGAGCAAGCUGCUGAGGCUCCUGCCAGCGAUGCACAGCCAUCGCAACCUCCAGCUCAGCCAAAAACUGCCUCGAGACCUCCUUCAAGGACGUCUCAUCCACCGUCACAGCAGGGUUCAUACAAGUCCGUGCACAGUGGAUCAAGUGGUCGCAAGUCGAAGCGUCAGCUCUCGUCUGGCACUUGGCAAGCCGAUAUGGAGAAGCAACAGUUGGAGAUGCAACAGAUUCUGGGUUCGAUUGAACGUUCUCAUAGAAAGCCAAAGCCUAUCUUUCCUCCAUCUGACAUUGAGGACAAUCAUCGAAGAGACCCAAAACGUCAUCAAGUUCCUUUCAAAUCUCAGCGUCGUGAUGCCUAUGCCGUGCAGGUGAAUGACGAUGAUGCGAGCUCUUCUAUUGAAGCGCCAAUGUCAAGCACUGAAUCAGGUGAAGAGGCCAUGCUGGGUGAGACGGGAGAAAAAUCUGGUGAUGGAUCUGAUGAAGAGUUGCAAGAGAUUUAUGAGAUGCAGAAAAAGGCAAAACGGGAUUUCAAAAAGAGUUUUCGAACAUACAAGGAAAGCAAGAAAAGGGUGAAAGAGAUCAAAAAGUCACGAUCUGGGACUCCAUAUUUCCCUGUGGUUGCAAUGACUCCUGAACAAGCAGCUGCAUCCAGCAGUGCAGCACCAAGCCAGAAGUCAUUCAAGUAUGAUCAAAAACAGAUGGUAAAACGAAAAGGGGAUGGAAAGUCUCAGAAGCAACAAAAUCCACGAAAAGAAGAUGCAAAUCUGGCAGUCACCGAGGUUCUCACCGAGUUCAGCUACAUGGUUGAAGAUCAGUUUGUAUUGGGGGAUGAUGAACAAGAGAUUUUGUUGGCCUCCAUACCCACUGGUUAUGCAAUUUUGGACACUGGUUUACUACGUCUGUUGUUGGGGAAGAUACUGCAACUGCAUAUCGGGAUCUAUUCCAGCAAAGUGGUUAUCCUCCUCCUCAAGGGAAUGGGUGCCUCCCUGGACCUGGGUCGCAUGACCAUCACCAGCGAGAAACAUGGGAUGCAAUCGCAGCCACUCCAGCAAGCAGCCAAUGGCCAUUUGAUUCUGCCUCUCUACCCGGUAGAGGACGUCGAGAUUGCCGAAGCGCCAGCAUGCAGCAGCCAGGACUGCCAAAAUGAGCCCAAUACGAAUAACCCUAAGGAUAAUCCUCAACCCAGGGAUAACUUAGUUCCAGAAGGGCGGUACCAGGGGGGUUUUGACCGGUGA